GUCGGUCCAUGUAGGUCUCUAAUAUUUUAAACUCCGACUAUAUAACACGUGGGAUUACAGAUCAAGUCUCUCCUGUCUCCAUCGUUUUUCGUUGGGAAAAGUGAGCUCAGUGGUUCAUAAUCUCUUCCUAGAAACGGAUCCCAUUCGGCACAAUCUACAACCCAUAAAGCGCAUAUAUGAAAUCAGAAGGUGUAAGAAGGCUGUCAGAUGUUCGCUCGGAAGUUUUGGGCCAUUCAAGCCUUUGAUUGGUGUAUUUCUCCAAAAGCUGGUUUCGUUAUGGGUGACCGGUUUAAUUGCGGAGCUCCUGAGAUCAUCCGUUGGGGCACGCGAUACCUUUCCAUGAGGACCAAGGGUGUAAUUACCUGUGGCCCCAUGAUGAAGAAUUCCUUUCACGUCCCUGCAUAUUCGCUUGACGCCUAUGGUCAUCCGGCAAGCCGGCUCCAUUCAUAUUAAUCAAUUAACUCCGAUUUACAAACUCGAAUACUUCCUUUUACACAUCUCUGCUGUUAUUGUUCAAAAGCGAAAGCUCCCAGAGAGAGAGAGAGCCCUUUUCAACGACUUUGUGCACUCUCAUGGUUAUACAAGGCGUCACAUUCUGCGGAUCAAAGGAUGGCAAGAUCGUUCAGUCGUCAUUUACGAGGGAGCGACUUGCUCCAGAUGAAGCUUUGAUUGAAGUGACCCAUUCCGGUCUGUGUGGUACCGACAUUCACUAUUUGAAAGCGGAGAUGGUCUUGGGCCACGAAGGCGUUGGGUUUGUCCGGGCCCUAGGCUCCGAAUGCAAGGACCUCAACGAAGGUGACCGUGUUGGGUGGGGUUACAUUCAUGGUAGUUGCGGUCGAUGUGAGGAAUGUCUCUCUGGUACCGACCAGUAUUGUCGUGAAGUCAGGGCGUACGGCCAGGCAGACCUCGAUCAGGGCUCAUUCAGCGGUAUGGCGAUUAGGCAGGAAAAGUGGUUGCUCCGUAUUCCAGAGAACAUCAGUUCUGAGGAUGCCGCUCCUCUGAUGUGUGGUGGUGCAACGGUAUUCUCGCCCUUGCUGGAACACGUCAAGCCUACGGACCGAGUGGGUAUAGUUGGUAUUGGGGGACUCGGCCAUCUUGCCAUACAGUUCGCAGCCAAAAUGGGUUGCGAUGUUGUCGUGUUUUCUGGAUCCGACUCAAAGCGCGAUGAAGCGUUGGCCCUUGGGGCUCGAGAAUUCUAUGCCACACGCGGAGUGGAGGAUUAUUCGACUCUGAAUAUUCCUCGUGCCAUAGAUCGCCUGAUUUUAACAGCGUCGUCGCAAGAAGGCUAUUCAAAGUUCUAUCCUCUUUUAGCUCGAAAAGCGACGCUCAUUCCCCUCACGGCGUCACCUGGUGGUGACCUUGUCGUUCCCUAUCAACAAACGAUGUCGAAAGGGAUGAAGGUUGUGGGCACAUUAGUCGCUAGUCGGUAUAUGGAGACAAAAAUGUUGGAAUUCGCAGCGCGACACGAUAUACGGCCGAUUGUAGAGAAAUUCCCAAUGAGUUUAGAGGGUAUCGAAGAAGCGGUCGCUAAACUACAAGCAGGGAAGAUUAGAUAUCGUGCUGUUUUUGCGUGGUGAUUAAAUCCAGCAACCUCGUAUUAUCUUAGUAGGCUCCAAUUGUGCUAACCCUGUCUACUAAUUACUACUCAAAUGUUUGUUCGGUCAAUUUUCUUACCGGG